UACACUGAGAGUUUUGGUUCUACAUUCUUUAGUAUAGAAUCUAAUUCACCGAAAUUCGUGCAUAUUCCUAUGAUUGAUUUAACGUCGAAUGUCACUUUCGUGACUAUCAAUAAUGAGCUUGAAGACCAGAAAUUAGAACGAUUACUUGAGACGCAACAUAAAAAA